AGAACGAUGACACUGAUGAAAUUUUGGUCGAUGUGCCACCAACUCGGGCGGACAUUCUGCAUGCGUGUGAUAUAAUGGAAGAUGUCGCGAUUGCUUAUGGCUUUAACAAUAUUCCGAAAACUCUACCUAACAGUGUUACCGUUGGCAAAGCGUUACCAAUUAAUAAAUUGAGUGAUUUAAUAAGGAAAGAAUUAGCUUUAGCGGGAUGGACUGAGGUCUUACCUUUAAUCCUGUGUUCUCAUGAUGAAAAUUUUGCAUACUUAAAUAAAAAAGAUGACAAUAAAACAGCCGUAAAACUGGCUAAUCCAAAAACCUUUGAAUAUCAAGUAGUUCGUACUUCACUCUUGCCUGGUGUUUUGAAGACGGUGAGAGAGAACAAGAAAAAUGCAUUGCCAAUCAAGGUUUUUGAAGUUUCAGAUGUUGUUUUCAAAGAUGAUUCACUGGAGAGACGAGCACGAAAUGAUAGGCACGUUUGUGCAAUUUAUUGUAAUAAAGUCUCGGGUUUCGAAUUUAUUCACGGACUUGUGAAUCGUAUUAUGGAUAUGCUUCGCGUGAACUUUGUUUCAGCUUCUGGUGACGAAAACGGAUAUUUUAUAAAAGAAUCAGAUGAUCCUACAUAUUUUCCUAAUCGCAGCGCCGAUAUUUUCAUCCGUUCUUCAUCGACUGUGACUAAGAUUGGAAGCUUUGGCAUAAUUCAUCCAAAAGUCUUGGAGAACUUUGAAAUCAUCUACCCUUGUUCUUCUUUAGAGAUCGAUUUGGGUACAUUCUUGUAA